GCCGCCGCCGAGCCCCUGGCGACUAGACCACCUCGCUGUGCGGCGUCGCUUCCGUACCGUGCCCGCGGUCGGCGCACGUUGCUGUUGUCCUGAGACAGCCUCGGUGCUUUUGCUAUAAGGCUUCCCGUCGUCGACGCGCACUUAAGCUCGUGGGGGAUGCCGCGGGGUGCACCAGCUUGGUGUAACAAGACUUUUAAUUAAAAUGUAUACCGUUCCCUCUCUCAUACAAAACCUGCGCCGCGUUCUGCGAAUCGAUAGCAAACUGCGUAGUCUCCGCUCAUGAAUUAUUCGGGAACGAUCGCGUAAAGCGCUGCUCCGAUGGACCACAAAGAUCGCGUGAGAAGGAAACCAGUACCAUUCGGCUUUCAUAACACCAACACUAUCACACCUACAGUUAGCCAAAAGCGUCGUAAAGUCAAAAACUGUCUUAUUAGGGAGCAUAAGUUUUCAAGUGAUCUUCAUUGAAAAUAAGUAGUAAUGAUCGACGUGCUGAUUUAUCUGUUAGUUAAUUACGUCUAAAUUUUGCGUGGAACGGAUGAAAUCACAAUGAGACCACGGAAGAAGUAUACUUCUCUCCUGAACUGUUGUUGUCUCUGCAACAGAAUAGUUUACGUCCUUUUGGUGAUCCUUGCCAACGGUAUCACUUCAAAGAUAUUAGACGACGAAACAGUGAUGGCCUCGGAUGUCCAAGCUGUGGAGGGCGGUGUUGCUAAACUACCCUGUGACGUCGUGCCGCCGCUCGCAGGGGACAGGGUGCACCUCGUCAUAUGGUACAAGGAGGGUGUCACGUCGCCCAUUUACAGCGUGGAUGCGCGCGGUAAGCCGGUGGAGCAGGCGAAGCACUGGUCCGAGGAGGCGACGCUGGCGGGGCGCGCCUACUUCCGCUUCCAGGAGCGGCCUGCCCGCCUCACGCUGGAGAGCGUGCGCGACGCCGACUCCGGCACCUACCGCUGCCGCGUCGACUUCCGGCGCUCGCCCACCCGCAACUCCAAGGUCAACCUCAGCGUCAUCAUUCCUCCAGAGCAGCUCAUGAUCCUGGACGACAAGGGAUCGAACAUACCGCAUUAUAUCCUCGGUCCGUACAACGAGGGCUCCGAUGUCGACAUCACCUGUAUUGCCACUGGAGGGCGCCCGUCGCCGCGCGUCACGUGGUGGCAGGACAACGCGCUGCUGGACGACUCGUGGGAGUCUCUGGGCGGGCGGCGCGUGCGCAACACGCUGCACCUGGAGAAGCUGUCGCGGCGUCAGCUGCACGCCGUGCUCACCUGCCAGGCCUCCUCCAGCCCGCUGGCCGCUCCGCUCUCCGGCGCGGUCACCCUCGACCUCAACCUGCGGCCUCUUUGGGUGCGCCUGGUCGGGGAGAACCGGCCGCUGUCUGCGGACAACUCAUACCAGCUGUCGUGCGAAGCGGUGGGCACGCGGCCGCAGCCAGUCUUCUCUUGGUGGAAGGCCGGCGUCCAGUUGCGCAACUCGCGCGAGACGACAAGUGCAGAUGGGAACACCACUACCAGCACGCUGACUUUCGUCCCUAUCGUGGAAGACAGCGGCAAAAAGGUCACGUGCCGCGCCGGCACGCCGCUCAUUCCGGACAGCACGCUGGAGGACUCCUGGAAGCUCGACAUCUUCCAUGUGCCUAUAGUAACACUGGAGUUGGGAGGAGCUGUCAACGCGAGCUACGUCCGAGAAGGCUCGGAUGUCUACUUCGAGUGCAACAUCAAAUCCAAUCCAUGGAUCUACAGGGUUACCUGGAGGCACAAUGGCCAGCUACUGUAUAACAACGCCAGCGGCGGGACCUUGGUCAGCAACCAGAGCCUGGUGCUGCAGGCCGUCAACCGGGAGCGCACCGGCUUCUACACGUGCGUCGCUAGCAACCAGGAGGGUGACGGCGAGAGCAACCCCGUCUACCUGGACGUCAAAUUCCGUCCCGUGUGCACUCCCGGACAGACGCAGACGUACGGCGUGGCACGACAGGAGACGGCGCGCGUGUCCUGCGAGGUGGAGUCGAACCCCGGCGACGGGCUGAGCUUCAGCUGGCGCUUCAACAACUCGGUGGAGGCGGCGGACAUCCCGGCGUCGCUGGUGGCGGUGGAGCGCGUGCGCAGCGCCGCCCUCUACACGCCGCACAGCGAGCUCGACUACGGCUCGCUGCUCUGCUGGGCCAAGAACGACGUCGGCGACCAGCAGGUGCCCUGCGUGUUCCACAUCGUGCCCGCAGGGAAACCAGACGACCUGCGGAACUGCAGUAUUGUGAACCAGACGGCGGACUCACUGCACGUGGAAUGCACGGAGGGCUUCGACGGCGGGCUGCCGCAGGAGUUCGUGAUGGAGGUGUACGACGCGGCGUCCCAGGCGCUCGUGGGCAACGUCAGCUCGCGCUCGGCCACGUUCACCGUCAGCGGCUUGCAGCCGGGGCUCGGCUUCGACGUCGUUCUCUUUGCUGCCAACGCAAAAGGCCGCAGCCGCAUCAUCACCCUGCACGCCUAUACGCUACAACCCGCAGAGCGGCGAGCAGCAGAGACGCCGCUGCUGCCGGGUGUGACGCCGGUGGUGGGGGCGGUGGUGGGCGGCGGCGCGCUGGGGGCGCUGCUGCUGGGGGCGGGGGCGGCUGUGGCGGUGGUCCGCGCCCGCCGCAAGAGGCCGUCGGCG